CACUCUUGCCUGACCUAGUCACUGACUCCAACCCUUCUCGACAGCGAGGAGUAUAUUCUCCGGCAUUGCCAAACAUCUGAAAGUCAUGUCUUUUCCAAAGACUUAUUUUCUAUGUCCGACAUCGGAUUUUCUCCAUCCGCCGCCAGUGGGUCCGCUAUGUCUUGGAUCUAUACUCCGCUCCACGUCGACACCGCAUUGCCCUCUGAAUAGAGGGGGAUCUGUUGCCGUGACCGCGCCAUUACCGCCAGUCGUGGAAACCGACUGGAGGAAGACCAUCUCCACCGAGCAAGGACUCGGGUGCGGUGUUUAUGCACAGUUCCUGCAGCUGGCUACUGGGGGAUCGCCUCUUGGGCCUGAGGUGAGCGUUGAGACUUCCAGAAAAAGGGCGGAGGUUUUUGCAUUCGACCGGGUAACGACUCUAUCAUUUGAGCCCACGCAAGAGUACGUUGAAGAGGCUAUCCAAGCACCUGCCGUGCAGACGUGGCUGCGGGAGCCCAAACAGAGAUUCGCUCCUGUUGUCUCGCUCUAUCUCGUCACCGGCAUGAAACUCGUGCAAGGCGCCAGGAUCAAAUACUCCACUUCGCAGAGUGCAACAGUCCGAGGAAACGUUGGUUUUGACGUGACUGCACUGGGUACGUCCAUCGGCCCAAAGGGCCACUGGGUCAGCAGGAAUGAGGAUGGGACAGAACUCAAGCGUGAAAUGGAAUUUGUGUUUGCGUUCCGCGUGAACAGGCUCAGAUUCGGGCGCAGACUAAAGGUGGAAGAGUACAACAAGGGCGCAUUCUUGGCCGUUGGUGGAGAACAAGACGAUAACGCAUUUGUUCUGGUCGAGGAUAUAGACGGGUCACAGAUUAGGACAGCUCAAGCCGUUCCGGAUGUGACCGAGAAUGGCAAUGUCUAUUGCGUCCCCGCUUAAAUGUACUACAAUUUGUUCGACACCCCAAUGAAGAGUGAACAGUUC